GACUGUAUUGCAGAGGGAGCAUUUCGCCAGGGGGAUUGUGUGUUAAACGUCAACAGAUUCGUUUAAAUUGAUGUAUAUUGACACAAGAAAGACAAACUUCUUAACCCUUGAUUGACGGGGGGAAACUGCCUUUUCAGAUCGGUGCCGUUGGGGUGCCAUUGUGAGCUAUCAAGAUGUUUCAACUUCUCCUACUUAUCAUGGUCACUGUACCCGCGUCGUCAUUGGUGCAAAGUGACGUUGCUGAUAUGACUUGCGGCGUUAUAAGGGAGACGGGACACAGUGAGGAAUUUAUGUGGGAUCUUCCCCAACUUCAUAACGACCCAGUUGUAGUUGAAUUUUCUGUCUACGCAAAGAGUGAAGUUUACCUUGCCUUAACAGACGAACCGGGCCCUAAUUUGCCAGCUAAAGCAACUGUAUAUUACAUUGUGAUUGGUGGGGAUGGGAACACUGCUUCUUACAUCUCACGGUGUAGGGGCUGUCAACCACUGACUCCAGCAUCGACUGAAGUACUACAGUGCGACCGUCUUAACAACUACUGGCUCCACUUCGAAGACGGCUUCAUCAAGCUUGGCUUACGAGGAAAGCUUGAACCAAUCACAACGUACGAGGUUCCUGAAAAAGACUUCCAGCCCCGGUAUUUGGGAUACUCCUCCAACAUGCUGAGCCAGGGGAUGUUCACUUUCUCCUUCGAUAAAUUUGGAUAUCAUACCUACAGUGAGCACGUGUACUAUACAGGCGAAGCGUUCUGCCUCGACUGGUUCUUGAAAGAAAUCCCAGUAGGGGUUAAACAGUUUUGUUUCCAAGCCCAGGUAGAGCAAGGACCGAUUUACGUUGUUUUGAGCCCUCAGCGAUUCAGAAAUCCUGGUGAAAUAGCUUACGAAAUAGUGAUUGGAGAAGAAGAAAAUAGCAAGACUUUCGUCUUCGACAAAGUUCGUUCCGGGGAGCAAGCAAUCAAGGAAGUUUUCACCCCUUCAGUUUUAAAUCCAAACAGUUUCGUAGAGUACUGUUUUACUUUCAAUGAGAAGGUGAUUACUUUCGGCCCCGCGAGUAGAAGAGAUUUGGUGGUUUGGGUGAGAGACGAGUCUAUUCAAAUCAAACAUGUCGGAUUCGCAGGAAGUAAGAAACCGGCCCAGUUCUUGUUUCCCGUGGACUUCAUUCCUUCAUAUUACCAAGGCGUUAUCGACUUACCGCCAGAAUCACCCGCCGGGUCAGAUAAAUGCUUGGAGAAACCGUGUGCAGAAAACGGUAAAUGUUAUGUUGACCAUUCGUUCAGCCACGGUUACAGAUGCGAAUGUUCUAAUGGGUACACCGGGAAAAACUGCGAUAUACUUCCACCGGAAACUGUACCGGCGGUCGAGGAGUCAGCUGUCAAAUCGACUAAGGCUCCUGAAAAAAGGCCUACACCUAAGCCCGAUACAACACCGCCGACUAUCGAUUGCAAUGUUGAGCUCGGGGACAACUAUGUGACAUCAGCAGAUUCAAAGACGAUGCAAGUUCCGUUUAGUUUUCCACGGGCCGAAGAUAAUGCGGACAAAAACCCAUACGUCGUGUGUGUUCCAUCUUCUAACAGUGAAUUCCCCCUUGGUACUUCCACGGUGAAGUGUACUGCUACUGACAAAUCUGGAAACGAAGCGACAUGCGACUUUGAAGUCGAAGUGAGGAAUUCCUGUGCAAACAAUCCUUGUGGACUUCACGGUACUUGCGUAGUUGAAGUGUUUGAACCUUCACAAUUCAACUGUGUAUGCACCGAUGAUUACGAAGGGAAAUUAUGCCAAGAGGCACCACAGGUUGAUGAGGAGGAAGAAUUUACAGAGGAAGAAUUUGGAGAGGAAGAUACCACACCGCCGACUAUCGAUUGCAAUGUUGAGCUCGAUGACAACUAUGUGGUAUCAGCAGAUUCACAAAUGAUGCAAGUUCCAUUUAGUUAUCCAGAAGCCACAGAUAAUUCAGGCGUAAACCCAAGCGUCGUUUGUGUGCCCACUUAUAAUAGCGAAUUCGCUGUUGGUUCCUCUACGGUGAAGUGUACCGCUACCGACGAAUCUGGAAAUGGAGCGACAUGCGACUUGAUAGUCGUGGUGAAAAAUUCCUGUGAAAACAAUCCUUGUGGACUACACGGAACUUGCGUAGUUGAUGUGAUUGAACCUUCAGAAUUCAACUGUGUAUGCACCGAUGAUUACGAAGGGGAUCUUUGCACAACCGCACCAGAGGUUGAUGACGAGCUGGAAAUAGAGUUAAGUGAUUACAAAACGACUAAGGCUCCUAAGCGGAGGACGACUACCCCCCUCCCAGACACAGUCGCACCUAAAGUAACUUGCCCAGUAGAUAUGUCAGAGCAAAUAGACGAUGGAAAUAGUAGAAAGCGACUGACGUGGGAUGUCUCUGCAAUUGAUGACGUCGAUGGAGACGUCGAUGUCAAAUGCAACCCGAGAUCGGGCUCGAGGUUUAAAAUCGGCACAAAAGAAGUCCAAUGCUAUGCCGUUGAUGGCGCUGGAAAUAGAGGGGAGUGUACAUUCGAGGUCAAAGUUGAAGAUACAACACCGCCUACCAUCGAUUGCAAUGUUGAGCUCGAAGACAACUAUGUGGUAUCAGCAGAUUCACAGACGAUGCAAGUUCCGUUUACUCUUCCAGAAGCCAAAGAUAAUUCGCGCGGAAAGCCAAACGUUGUCUGUUUUCCAUCUUCUAACAGUGAAUUCUCCGUUGGAACUUCCACGGUGAAGUGUACUGCUACUGACAAAUCUGGAAACGAAGCCACAUGCGACUUAAUAGUCGAGGUGAAAAAUUCCUGUGAAAACAAUCCUUGCGGACUACACGGAACUUGCGUAGUUGAUGUGCUUGAACCGUCAGAAUUCAACUGUGUAUGUAUCGAUGAUUACGAAGGGGAAUUAUGCACAAAGGCACCAGUGGUUGAGGAACCGGUGGUAGAGGAGUCUGAUGUCAAGUCAUCAACAAAAGCUCCUGGACGGAGCUCGACUACCCCCAAACCCCCUAAGCCAGACACAGUCGCACCUAAAGUAACUUGCCCAGUAGAUAUGUCAGAGCAAAUAGACGAUGGAAGUAGUAGAAAGCGACUGGCAUGGGAUGUCUCUGCCAUCGAUGACGUCGAUGGAGACGUCGAUGUCAAAUGCAACCCGAGAUCGGGUUCGAGGUUUAGAAUUGGCACAAAAGAAGUCCAAUGCUAUGCCGUUGAUGGCGCUGGAAAUAGAGGGGAGUGUACAUUCGAGGUCAAAGUUGAAGAUACAACACCGCCAACCAUCGAUUGCAGUGUUGACAUGGAAGACAACUAUGUGACAUCAGUAGAUUCACAGACGAUGCAAGUACCUUUUAGUUUUCCACGGGCCAAAGAUAAUUCGCGCGGAAAGCCAAACGUUGUCUGUGUUCCCUCUUCUAACAGUGAAUUCCCCCUUGGUACUUCCACGGUGAAGUGUACAGCUACUGACGAAUCCGGAAACGAAGCGACAUGCGACUUGGUAGUCGAGGUGAAAAAUUCCUGUGAAAACAAUCCUUGUGGACUACACGGAACUUGCGUGGUUGAUGUGUUUCAACCUUCAGAAUUCAACUGUGUGUGCAUCGAUGAUUACGAAGGGGAAUUAUGCACAAAGGCACCAAAGGUUGAUGAGGAGGAAUAUUUUUUUGAGGAAGAACCGUUGGUCGAGGAAUCAGAUGUCAAAUCAUCCACCAAAGCUCCUGGACGGAGCUCAACUACUCCUAAGCCCCCUAAGCCAGAUGUUGAUGAAGGGGAGACUUUUACAACUUCAGGAGAUUCUUCACAGGAGAUCAAGAGGACUUUGGAUACGAAAGUAAUCAGUGCCUUUGAAAUAUCUCCAUUCGACGAUAAGGUAUCAAAGGAGUUCCAAAUCGGUUGUGAAAUCGGCGAGUUCAAACUUGAUGUCAAUAGUGAAACCUUUUCACUCAAAAACGGCAAAGGCGAAGUGGUGGACUCUGAGACCACGCCUGAAACUUCGGGUAGUCUAAAGUUCUCAAUUGAAAUUACCGAGUCAGCUUUCAUAAUUAGCUACAUCUUGGACCAAGACUUCACUACCCUUAUCGAAUACUCGCCUCCUGGAAGGGAGGAUGGCAUGGAAUUGAACUGCAAGGCUUUCACCGUUAAGAACGUGGAUAAGCGUCGUCAGCGAGGUUGUCAGAUUAAAUACACCAAGAUCACUCAACACAAAUGGAGGAGCUACCAUAGGAAACCGAGACGAACAAGGACUCGAAACAUCGAGAAGGGAGAAACGUACGUUCGUAAAACCAGCGAUGAAAAGACCAGGCAGAGACGACCGAGAACGGACCGAACAAAGACGCGGACAAUCGAGAAGGGAGUGAGUGAACGCAAGAAAAGUAGCAGUGGAUCGAAUUCAGGGUCAAGUUCUGAAGAGAAUAAAGCCAUAUCUGUUGGAGAUACACAGGUUCUUCCAACCAACGGUCAAACGAGCGGCCAGAGACGACGACCGAGAACGGACCGAUCAAAGACGCGGACAAUCGAGAAGGGAGUGAGUGAACGCAAGAAAAGUAGCAGUGGAUCGAAUUCAGGGUCAAGUUCUGAAGAGAAUAAAGCCAUAUCUGUUGGAGAUACACAGGUUCUUCCAACCAACGGUCAAACGAGCGGCCAGAGACGACGACCGAGAACGGACCGAUCAAAGACGCGGACAAUCGAGAAGGGAGUGAGUGAACGCAAGAAAAGUAGCAGUGGAUCGAAUUCAGGGUCAAGUUCUGAAGAGAAUAAAGCAAUAUCUGUUGGAGAUACACAGGUUCUUCCAACCAACGGUCAAACGAGCGGCCAGAGACGACGACCGAGAACGGACCGAUCAAAGACGCGGACAAUCGAGAAGGGAGUGAGUGAACGCAAGAAAAGUAGCAGUGGAUCGAAUUCAGGGUCAAGUUCUGAAGAGAAUAAAGCAAUAUCUGUUGGAGAUACACAGGUUCUUCCAACCAACGGUCAAACGAGCGGCCAGAGACGACGACCGAGAACGGACCGAUCAAAGACGCGGACAAUCGAGAAGGGAGUGAGUGAACACAAGAAAAGUAGCAGUGGAUCCAAUUCAGGGUCAAGUUCUGAAGAGAAUAAAGCCAUAUCUGUUGGAGAUACACAGGUUCUUCCAACCAACGGUCAAACGAGCGGCAAGAGACGACGACCGAGAACGGACCGAACAAAGACGCGGACAAUCGAGAAGGGAGUGAGUGGACGCCAGAAAAGUGGCAGUAGAUCGAGUUCAGGGUCAAGUUCUGAAGAAAAAAAUGCCAUAUCUGUUGGAGCAACGGUAAACAAGAACACAGAUGUAACUACUAGGAGACGAACACCAGCUGCAAAGGUCAAAAGCUCAUCGGCUACAUUGGUCUCAGGAGAUACAGAACAGGUAGAUUGGACUCAGAAAAAGUUUGAAGUCAACUUUGAGGAUAGAGUCGAGGAUUUUCUCGACUUGACGUUUCAAGAUGGCAAAGUAUUGAGAAUCGAUGUAAUCAGAACAAAAAUGAGCAUCAAAGAUGAGAGUGGUAAAGAACUGAACUCAGAAUCGCUACAAGGAAAAGUCCGGGACAACCGUUUGGUAUUCACAAUCUUCUUGAUAACUGGAGGUGUAGAAAUCAAACUGGAAGGUGAACAACGAGUGUUCCUGGAGUAUGUUACGCAGGGUAGGAAGUCCAAAUGCACAAGAGUUAGAGAGACAUAUACAAGAACCAAAUCGACUGGACAAAGCAGUGACAGGCGAACGAGGUCAGAUACAUAUGUUAAGACCAGCAGUCAAAGGCUCAGGCAGAGACGAAGGGGUGAAGGUAGCAGUGGAAGAAGCAGUGGAUCAACUUCAGGGUCAAGUUCUGAAGAGAAGAAAGCCAUAUCAGUUGGAGCAACAGUAAACAAGAACACAGGUGUAACUACUAGAAGACGAGCACCAGCUGCAAGUUCAUCGGCUACAUUGGUCUCAGGAGAUACAGAACAGGUAGAUUGGACUCUGAAAAAGUUUGAAGUCAACUUUGAGGAUAGAGUCGAGGAUUUCCUCGACUUGACGUUUCAAGAUGGCAAAGUAUUGAGAAUAGAUGUAAUCAGAACAAAAAUGAGCAUCAAAGAUGAGAGUGGUAAAGAACUGAACUCAGAAUCGCUACAAGGAAAAGUCCGGGACAACCGUUUGGUAUUCACAAUCUUCUUGAUAACUGGAGGUGUACAAAUCAAACUGGAAGGUGAACAACGAGUGUUCCUGGAGUAUGUUACGCAGGGUAGGAAGUCCAAAUGCACAAGAGUUAGAGAGACAUAUACAAGAACCAAAUCAACGGUACAACAGGGAUCAAGGCGCCGUGUUUACAGUCGACAAAGAGGCGGUGAAGGUGGCAGUGGAAGUAGGGGUGGAUCAAAUUCAGGGUCAAGUUCUGAAGAGAAUAAAGCCAUAUCUGUUGGAGCAACGGUAAACAAGAACACAGAUGUAUCUACUCGAAGACGAACACCAGCUGCAACGGUUCAAAGUUCAUCAGCUACAUUGGUCCCAGGAGAAAUGCAACAGGUGGAUUGGACUCAGAAAAAGUAUGAAGUCAACUUUGUUGAUAAAAUCGAGGAUAUCCUUGACUUGACGUUUCAAGAUGGUAGCGUUUUGACAAUUGAUGUCACCAGAACAAGAAUGGCCAUCAAAGAUCAGAGUGGUAAAGAACUGAAAUCGGAAUCGCUACGAGGAAAAGUCCGGGACAACCGUUUGGUAUUCACAAUCUACUUGAUAACUGGAGGUGUAAAAAUCAAACUGGAAGGUGGACAACAAACUUUCCUGGAGUAUGUUAAGGCGGGAAGAACGUCCAAGUGCAACAGAGUGAGAGAGUCGUACAAAUCAUCAUACAGAAGAUACCUUUAAAACGAAUGGUUUAGAGACGACUUCUGGAGUCUUCAGUACCGAAUUUCAGGAGUUUUUGAGAAACAACGAAAGAUCGCUUGAAGGACAUACUUCUUGGUGACGGUUUUGUUUUCUUUUAAUAUUUUAAUUAAGAAUACACGAUUGGGUAAAAUAAUAUUGGCUACGGUGAAAUAAUUUUAAAGUAAUAAUUACAAUGUAUACAUAUAUUAGUUCUUUUAACAUUAGACUACAGUACACAAUUAGAGGGAGAAUAAAAUUUUCAAUUUUAAGAGCAUUGGGUUUAAUUAAAAAGUUGUAAUAAAACAGCAACGGUUGUCUUGUUCACAUUGCUUAACGGUCAAUAUAACUCAGUUACGUGGAUCAAUCUGUACGUUUUACAUAAAAACGUUAUCGAAUUUGUAUGACAUUUUUUUAGAACACGCUCAUAAGGUUUCUUAUCCUGAGACAUCAUUCAAAAGAUGGAUAUACUCUUGGUGUCUUGUUUGGUACCUGAAGGGUACUCGUACACGGUUUAGCUUUGGUGUAAUGCCAUGUUUUAGCCUAUGGCCCAAUUUUAUAAAACCUGUCAGCACGAAAACUUGCUAAGCACAGAAAAGUGUUGCUCAACAGAAACAGGUUACCAGCCAAAAUUAUAUUAGGAUUACACUUAUGUGACUGGCGCCCCCCUCAUUUUUUGCUACGGAAAGAAGAUUGUCAAGCAGUAUUUUCUGCUUAAAAGCUUCAAGAGUUGUUGUAUAUCGACCCCCAAAAAGUGACAAAUUUGAAAUUGUUAAAAAUGAACCUGAUAAUUCCCAAAACCUACUUUAGUUCGCACUUUCCCAUACGUAAAUUAAUUUAAAGUUACGUAACGUGCCUGUCAGAGGGUUAAGGUGAGUGACGGACAAUUACAAUCGCAGAUAUUCUUGCAAAAGUAUAUCGUUGGGAAAGGUGUUUAAAAUCAAUGUAGUAAUGCAACUAUCUGAAUUUACCUCAACUUGUGUUUUGCUCACUAGACAAACCAUGGAAUUGCCCUGAUAUCGCCGACGGGGGCGUUAUUAUUAUUAUGGCAACGAGAUAACUCGGGAAUGUCUUGACGAUCGAUAAGAAACACCAGAGUGACCUGGAUUUAUAUUUACCUUAUUUGCCAUUUUGACUUGCUUGAUGAAUGUUUCGUUACUUUAUAGUUAUCUACGAAUAAUUGGUUAGGUGUACACUUUGGCUUUUUAAACUAAAUGUAUAGUUAAAAAGAAAAUAUAUAUGAAGAUUAUAAUGUAAUUUAGCCUAAUAAUGUGUUUUAGUAAAAUGAAAGAAGUCGAUUUUGAAACAAAUUCUUGAAACAAUUAUAAUUGAAUAAAAGCAAUGGAAAGUUCGCUUUUUCUAUCAACAUGUAUAGAAACUAAUGCUUUCCGCAUACGCAUACGUUUAGUAUCUGAUUAUAGACAUUACAUUGGUAUGACAGGAAAUGAUGACAUGUCAACUAGUCAUAGUGAGAGUGCUCAGGAGGGAACUUUCACAUUAUUGCAUUGAUGAAACUUGGACUGGUUGAUGAAACGCCUAAUCAAAGCCCGUACUUACCUUGUGAUGUUUGUUAACAGAAUUGCUAUUUUGAUUGUAUUUAUUGUUGUUUUGUUUCGGGAUUGUUAUUUCUUCCAGUAAACAUUACUCUCCAAGCAGUUGAUUCAAAUUCAGAUUGGUGUUUAACGGUGAAAAAUCAAGUAAAACAAAUACUUAUAAGGGCGUAGUUUAAGGUAUAGAAGCAAUAAGAUCUAUGAAUGAUGCUUUUAUUAAACCAUCACUUUGCAGAUUAA